UUGCAAGCAUGUCGGGAAGGCGGACGCUGCAUUCGAAGCUAUGCGCGAGCUUGCUGGAGCGUCUGCCAUCCUUCAUGGAUGCAAUGAAUGAGUUCCAGUACAUGCACGCGAAAGAGGUGAUUCCGGCGGAGCUUGCGGACGUGCCCGAGUGGAAACAUUUGGCCAAGGUGUUUCAUUUCUGGGCAGACUGCGAUAGCACGUAUCACAAAAUGGCCUUCAUUGGCGCGAACAACAAAUUGGCCGGCACGAUUCUUCAUCAGCUGUACCAGCACCUGAAGCGCCACAUUGUUCAAUGUUUAAACUUGUUGUACACCAAUCCAAGCACCAGGACGUCAUCAGAGGGAGUGGAAGAUCGUUUUGGCCGCAUCAGGACCCCGAAAUCGGGCCAAUCCUUGAAAGAUAUCGUGCCGGUUGACCCGACACUGCUCUCUCGAAUGCAAGACAUCCAAAUAUUCUUUGAGCAGUGUAGCGUCCUGUUCUCGCAACGAGAAGCGAUGGUGGCACUCUACGUCGGCUUGACGGGGGAACCCGAUUUCGUCCAUUUCUUAGUUGAUUAUUACGAGAUUCGUGACGAAGUUGCGCAUGUCAUGGAAGAAUUGGGGAGUCUGAACCAUCCAUUGAUCGAGACUCUUCGCGAUUUUGCACUCCUCGAGAGCAAGGCACUUUUGGCGGCCAUCGAGAGCGAGAUUGCAUUGUCCGAUUUCGAGUACAUCAAGUCCAUUACAAUGUUGCAUCGACUGAAAAGUUGUAUGGAAACAUGGAGCGAUGGGUUGCACGCGAUUGAAGAGGACGUAGUUGUUGUUGGAAAACUCAACCUGGUGGCGGAAAAUCCCACUGGGACGUCACCUCGCGAAUCCUCCUUUACUUUCGAUAAACCAUCGAAGCGACAACUGAAGAAAAAACAACUUGCCGAAUCGUCGUCGGUCGCCAUCACAACAAGUGCACAUUCGCUGUCGAAAUCGUCGAGUCAGCUCUCCAUCGAUGUGACGUCGACGAAUAUUGUACCUGAAGACAAUACCAUUGUCCUUGCAAACUUCUGCUGGGCGAGAAAGCUGCAGCAGUCGUUGGUUCGCAAGUUCACCACGUACUAUUACAAGUGGCUGCGAGUUUAUGACAUUCAAAGCGCGUCGAUCGCACCAUCCAUUGCCCAGAAGUCUCAACUGCGGCCGCCUAUAUUGGACAUCCUUGAGCCCUUCUUUUCGAGAAACUGUACGGGGUGCCUUUCACGUUUCAGAAUUGAAGUUGAGUGGACCUGUAUAGUUAAGGAGCAAGACGUGGCACACAUGACGAUUGUGAUCAACACAAACAGCCUGCCAAACAACGGAGCGGCAUUCCACAUGAACGGGUACCUGUGUCCUGCGCACAUUGAGAAGCCGGAUCCGUCCUUCAACGUCAUGCAACACAUUCGAGCAGCUAACAAAACGUAUUUCGGCCAAGUGUCUCGCUACGACGAAGAUAUCGAUGGCGAAUUUACUGCGCCGUGGGGCGUCGGAACGUGGCCCGCAGUGUUUAGCUUUCCCAAGGCUGAAUUGAGCUCGCUACUCAUUCAAAAGCAUUGGCCCAAUGUGAUCAUGCUUCUCACGAACCUUCCUCGGUGGGACAUCCUGGACAAGCACGGGUCGAAGCAGACCAAGCCAAUCACCAUCCAUCACGAGAAGCAGAUGAAUACCACGUAUGCCGUCGCUCGGAUCGACCCGAACGUGUACUUGACGUUUCUUUGCGAGAAACGGAAGCAGAGCGUGACAGAAAAGGCCAUCACAGAUGCCAUGACUGCUAUGCUCCACACGCUGCAGCAUGGCAGCGUUUUUCAAAAGUAGCUACAGAGGCAUCUAAACGCGUUGUUGAGACCACGUCACAGGCGCCGCCAGUUGUCCAUUCCAAUCCUGUGAAUCAAGGGAGAGAUGAGCAUGGAGAGGUUGUAGGGAGCUCCCUCGAUGUAUGAAUAGUAAUACUACGCAUGUACCUA